GCCGCCUCCUGGACAGACAUGUCAGCCAUGCAGAGGCUGUGGUAUAAGCUCGCUGGCUCUCCAUGUAUCUCAUCCAAAGCUGGAGAGGAGCGCACAGGCAUCGGCAUGGCUGCGAGAGUGGUGCUGAGCCUCAACACCUUCCUCCUGCUCGGGCUUCUGCUAACUAGGACCUGUGAGGCAGGAGGAAGCAGGGGAACUGGGAUGCUUGCAGAGGAGAGGGAUAGGGCAAACGACGUGGAGUCCCCAUGCGAGAUAAAAACGGUAACGGUGUCCACCCUGCCCGUUCUGCGGGAGAAUGAGUUCAGUUUCACCGGGGGAGGUGCGGGGAGUCCGGCCGGGGGAGGAGCAGGGGAGUCCCGGCUUCUGCUCUUCGUUAGAACCGACCUGCCUGGAAGAAUUUCCGUUUUGGAUGACCUCGACAACACUGCUCUCCCGUACUUUACACUAGAAAUGUCAGGAACGAGUGCGGACAUUUCUUUGGUGCACUGGAAGCAGCAGUGGCUGGAGAAUGGCACCCUCUAUUUCCACGUGUCAAUGAGCAGUGCUGAACACCUGUCCCAGGUGACAGAGCCCACCAUCCGGGAGCCAUCAGAGAUCAUGGAUGAGCAGCUGCACAUCCUACACAUAUCUGUCAUGGGAGGCCUAAUAGCGCUUCUGCUCCUGAUUCUCAUCUUCACCAUGGUUCUCUACGCCCGGAGACGCUGGUGCAAGAGACGGCGUGUCCCCCAGAAAAGCGCCAGCACUGAGGCCACCCACGAGAUCCACUACAUCCCCUCGGUUUUGCUGGGGCCCCAGGCCCGUGACAGCUUCCGCAACUCCCGUCUGCAGCCCCACAACUCUGUCAUCGGAAUGCCCAUCCGCGAGACGCCCAUCCUGGAUGACUACGACUGCGACGAGGAAGAACAGCACCACCCAGCUGACGGCAAGAGAGAGGACGACUUUGGCAGCCAGGUGACUCGAACUCUGGAGAGCCUGGGAAAGGGAGAGGAAGACAAGCUCGGCCAGGAGAAACGAGCCUUUGACCCCAAACAAGAAACGGUGGAGUCCCUGAUGCAGAAGUUUAAGGAGAGUUUUCGCACAAACACCCCCAUCGAGAUCGCCCACCUGCAGCAGGUGACCCGCAGCUCAUCCACGGGCCGGAGGAGACGACGGAGUCACUCCCGAGGUGGCACAAUGUUUGGCCGCACUGGAGACUCUGGAUCAGAGGCAGAUGAUGAAACUCAGCUCAAGUUCUACACAGAACAGCACAGGGGGCGGCGCAGGAGUAAAGGCUCCCCGAGAAGUCCAGUGAACAAAGCCACUCUGACAUUAAUCACAGUUAGCACCUGCAUUCUGGCUGUAGUGUACAGCAGCCAGCUCUCCUGUCCUCUCACUGUGAAGGUGACUCUACAUGUGCCGGAGCACUUCAUUGCUGAUGGAAGCAGCUUUGUGGUGAGCAUGGGAAGCUAUUUGGAUGUUUCUGAUUGGUUGAAUCCUGCCAAACUGACGUUGUAUUACCAGACGAACUCUACGUCCCAGUGGGUAAGAGACUACUGUGGCCAGAGAACAACAGACCCCUGUGAGCAGCUCUGUGACCAGCAGACAGGUGAGUGCAGCUGUCAUGAAGGAUACUCCCCUGACCCAGUGCACAAACACCUCUGUGUUCGGAGCGAUUGGGGUCGAAACGAAGGUCCCUGGCCGUAUACAACCCUAGAGCGAGGUUAUGACCUGGUGACAGGAGAGCAGGCGCCAGAGAAGAUAUUCAGGUCAACAUAUAGCCUUGGCCAAGGCUUGUGGCUUCCUGUCAGUAAGAGCUUUGUAGUUCCUCCAGUGGAGCUCUCUAUCAACCCCCUGGCCAGCUGUAAGACUGAUGUGCUAGUGACAGAGGAUCCAGGUGAUGUAAGGGAAGAGGCCAUGAUGUCCACAUACUUUGAGAGUGUGGAUGACCUUCUGGCUUCGUUCGGCCCAGUGAGGGACUGCUCCAAAGACAACGGGGGAUGCAGGAAAAAUUUUAAGUGCGUUGCAGACCGAAGGGUGGACUCAACAGGCUGUAUGUGCCCUGCAGGUCUCCGGCCAAUGAAGGAUGGCUCAGGUUGCUAUGACUACACCAAAGGUACAGACUGCUCCGAUGGCUUCAAUGGGGGCUGUGAGCAGUUAUGUCUACAGCAGUUGGUGCCCCUGCCAGAUGACCCCACUUCCAACAACGUUCUCAUGUUCUGUGGGUGUGUUGAGGAAUACAGACUGGCACCAGACGGGAGGUCUUGCAAUCUACUCUCUGAUGCCUGUGAUGGGCCCAAGUGCCAGAGACUUGAUGCCAAGCUGAAUGACACACUUUUUGGAGAGAUGCUUCAUGGCUACAACAACAAAUCCCAGGAAGUCAACCUGGGGCAGGUUUUCCAAAUGACAUUCCGGGAUAACAACUUCAUCAAGGACUUUCCCCAGCUGGCGGACGGGCUGAUGGUGAUCCCCUUGCCUGUGGAAGAACAGUGUCGGGGGAUUCUCUCCGAGCCACUGCCCAAUCUUCAGCUGCUGACAGGAGAUGCAAAGUACAAUGAGGCGAUGGGUUACCCCAUGGUACAGCAAUGGAGGGUCCGCAGUAACCUGUACAAGGUGAAGCUCAGUGCAAUCACACUGUCCACAGACUUCUCUAAGAUAUUGAAGAUGCUGAACAUGGAGAGCACACGAGAGGAACUGCUGUCCUUUCUCCAGCAGUACGGCAGCCACUACAUUGCAGAAGCUCUCUACGGCUCUGAACUCACCUGUGCCAUCUACUUCCCCAGCAAGAAGGUGCAGCAGCAGCUCUGGCUACAGUACCAAAAAGAGACUACCGAACUGGGCAGCAGGAGAGAGCUGAAGUCCAUGCCUUUCAUCACCUACCUGUCGGGGCUGCUCACGGCGCAGAUGCUGUCCGAUGACCAGUUAGUCUCCGGCGUGGAGAUUCACUGCGAGGAGAAGGGCAGAUGCCCGUCCACGUGCCACCUGUGUCGCCGCCAGGGCAAAGAGCAGGUCAGCCCCAUGCCUGUGCUCCUGGAGAUCAGCCGCGUGGUGCCCCUCUACACUCUCAUCCAGGACAAUGCCACCAAAGAGGCUUUCAAAAGUGCCACAAUGAGCUCCUACUGGUGUGCAGGGAAGGGAGAUGUCAUUGAGAACUGGUGUCGCUGUGACCUGAGUGCCUUCAGCAAAGAUGGGCUACCCAACUGCAGCUCACUGCUCCAGCCUGUGCUUCGUCUUGCUGCCAGUCUGGAGCCCUCCAGCACGAUGGUGGCUCUGGAAUGGGUGGACAUCGAGCCAGUGAUUGGAUGCAAGAUCUCAGACUACAUCAUCCAGCACAAGAGGGUAGAGGAUCCUAUGGAGGCCGAAAUAUACACAGGGGAGGUGAUGAGCUUUGCUGACGACCUGCUGUCGGGAUUGGGCUCGUCCUGCGUGGUGGCUGGAAAGCGACAUGGGGAUCACAUCCACUCCACCAUCUACUCAUUGGUCUUCAAGUGCCUGGAACCCGAUAGCCUAUAUAAGUUCACUCUGUUUGCGGUGGACAGCCGAGGGAGGCGAUCUGAGUCAAGCUACGUCUCUGUGAGGACAUCGUGCCCCAUAGUGGAUGACAACAAGGCUGAAGAGAUUGCCGACAAAGUGUACAACCUCUACAAUGGCUACACCAGUGGGAAGGAGCAGCAGACUGCCUACAACACCUUGAUGGAGAUCUCCCCCUCUAUGCUGUACCGGGUCCAGUAUCAUUACAACUCCCACUAUGAGAAAUUUGGGGAUUUCGUCUGGCGCAGUGAAGAUGAGCUGGGGCCCAGAAAAGCCCACCUGAUUCUCAGGAGAGUGGACAGAAUCAGCAGAUACUGUACCGCUCUGCUCCACAGUGCCUACAUCCAGAGCCGGACAGACACAGUGCCCUAUAUCUUCUGUCGGAGCGAGGAGAUUCGGCCGAUAAAUAUGGUCUGGCACAGCUCUUUACAGGAUACAAAAGUUACCUGCAUAGAAAAACUGAUGUCAAUACCUCGGAACACAUAUGGAGACUUUAAACUGCGAUGAGAGAAGCCACCUUUGCUGUACAGACAGGUCUUCAUUUAUGCGGGACUGUUUUCUACCAAAAAAAAAAGUGAGAAAAAAAGAUUUACAAAUGAAAGGCAGAAUUGUCAAAAAAAAACCAACUUUGGAAGACUAAAGACUUUCUAAUGGAGAACUGGAAUAUUAACUUUAAUUAUUUUUUAACUUAUUGGCCUAUAAGUAAAGAGCUACAGGUGUGAGUUCAGAGCAUGUAAAUGAUUUCCUAAAAUGGGUGUGAGGCAGUGGGAUGUGGGUGCUGAAAUUAAGACUUUUGUGUGUAAUGACAUCAUAACGGUGCUUCUCCUUUAUGUCCAUAAAGAACAAAAAAAUAAUGACUAACUGAGAAGAAGCUGAUGAAGUUUAACCUGGGGAAAUCAGUUACAGCACUCUUUCUUUUGAAAUAUUCACACUUGAACCUAGAGCAGCAGAGAGGACACUUAUGUCCAAAGUAAUGUACAGAAUGUUUCUGCUGGUAUAUGAAGUGGUCAAUGUGUUAUUUGGUGGUGGUUCAUCUCUUGUAAGUUUAACAUCUGGAUACCCAGCAGUCCAAGAGGUUAAGUAAAGAACAUGGUUUCUGUUUC